AUACCAAUAUAUUCAUUCUGUUCAAGAUUUUUCUUCUGAUUCAUAUACCGGAAGAUUUUUAUUAAAUGAAAUUAUUAAAGUAGUUGAAGAAAUUGGUCUACAAAAAUUUGGUGCUGUCAUUUCAAAUGGUGCCACAGCAAGACAAUUGACACAAACUCUU